GUUGACAAUAUGCCUCACUGCUGUGUCCCCCUUUGUUUAAAUCGAUCAGAGAGUAAAACUGAGACGAAACUGUCUUUCUAUCGCUUUCCUCCGAAAGACAAAGAUAAGAAGAGGUGGCUGCAGUUAAUACGGCGUGAUGGCUUUACACCAAGCCCCUGCUCAAGGGUGUGCAGUUGGCAUUUUCCAAAUGGCAAAGCUGCUGGCCCAUCACGUUUUGCUUGGAACGAGGGGAAGACUUUCCCAGGCCACCUCAGCCUUCCACACAAGAAGAGAAAAACAGUACCACUCCCUCCCAGUGGUGAAGAAGGGACAAAUGAACUUGAAUUACAAAAUUCUGACAUUGCAACCGCAGAGCCCCCUAGUACUUCAGACAACCCAACCGCAGAGACCCCUAGUACUUCAGACAACCCAACCGCAGACACCCCUAGUACUUCAGACAACCCAACCGCAGACACCCCUAAUACUUCAGACAACCCAACCGCAGACACCCCUGGUACUUCAGACAACCCAACCGCAGACACCCCUAGUACUUCAGACAACCCAACCGCAGACACCCCUCGUACUUCAGACAACCCUUUUAACAGUGUUGCGCUGCUAGAGAUAGAGGUUGACAUGUUGAGAAGAGAGAAUGAAAAAUUGAAAAGAGAAUUGGAGAAACAAAAACAGACCUUUUCCUUCAGCCAAAUAUCUUCCAAUCGUGUCAAAGUAAAAUAUUUCACUGGCUUACCAGAUGUUGCUACCGUCCUGGUUUUGGAAGCACUCUUAUCUAAGUUUGAGCUACAAUAUCAUUCGAAUUGGACAGUCCAGUCUAUGCCACUAGUCGAUCAGUUGCUACUGACUUUGAUGAAGCUCAAACUUAAUUCUGGUCAUGAAGACCUUGCAACCAGGUUUAAUUGCAGUACAGCCACAGUUACCAACAUUUUUAUCACCAUUGUCAGUGCCCUGUAUGACAUUUUAUAUGUUGGUAUGCUUGAGAACAACAUCCCCUCCAUAGAGAAGAACCAGGCAUCGUUGCCAGAGUGUUUCCGUCCAUUUCCUAACUGUAGGAUUGUGCUCGAUUGCACAGAGUUAGCAGUCUCCAGGACAGAGAGGCUUGACAAACAGAAUCAUUUAUGGAGCCAGUACAAAAAACGGACCACACAACACACAAAGCCUUAAUAGGUGUGGCUCCUAAUGGAGUGAUAACAUUUGUCAGUGACUAUUAUGGUGGAAGUGCCUCAGACAAGGCUAUUACAUUAGAUUCUGGAGUUCUCAAUCAUCUAUGCCCAGGAGACAUGGUGAUGGCAGAUAAAGGCUUCACAAUCCGGGACAUCUUGCCAGAAGGGGUUUCACUCAACAUCCCGUCUUUCCUUGUUAAUGGACAGUUCACACAAGAAGAAGUUAAGAAAAACAAACUCAUAUCCAGUGCUAGGAUCCAUGUGGAGCGCUCCAUUCAGAGGUUGAAAUUGUUCAACAUUUUGGACAAUAUCCCAUAUCAGUUCACUAAAAACAUAAACAAAAUACUGAAAGUGUGCGCGUGUCUUACCAACCUACAAACACCAAUUCUUCGGGAAAUAGCAUGAAAUGACUUGAAUAAAUGUAAGCAGAAUCAGAUUCAUGUAUUUAUACUUUUAAUAAAGUAAUACUGAAU